AUUCCUUGGCAAAUCGUUAGCGAGAUGUACCAUGGGAUGCUCCACAUCAAGCACAGCGGUCGAAGAAGAAGGAGAUACCUAUCCGAGUACACCUGUGCGGAGAGUUGCCAAAACUUUCACUGGAUUGCCAGGGGAUUCCGUUCAGGUGGAAAACGUCGCACCGAAGCCUUCGGAAACUGUCCCCCAAGCGUACCGGCGACUAGACGAGGAGAUAUGUGUUCUUGAGAGCAGUUGUCCGGGACCUCGGCUACUGACUGCGGAAGCGUGGAUUGAACAUCUGAAUGCGGUGUUUGAAAAAGCUGGUGCCACCAACGAGCUGUAUGAACGCGACAACAGAUUGGUGAUGGAUGUUAGACUGGAUGAUGUUCCGAAUGGGGCGUAUGGAUCUUCCAAGCCGGAAACUGCUGAAGUGGCUUUCGAUCGUAGUAGAGAUGAUACGGCUAAGGUUCGUCGAAUAGCCCUGAAAUUGGGCAUCGCACUGGAUCCGGUGAAAGCCGCUCGGCAGGAGGAGUUCAUUGCCCGCAUCACCCGUUCUGCCAUGACACUCGAGGCGCAAAGUUUUCGCGCAGAUAUGGUUGAACACUCGCGAGCUCGUGUAGCAAAUCUUCGCCAGAGUUUCACACGACUGCAGACACUCUACUUGGAGUUGGAUCAUUUGGUAGCCUCGGCAAACAAUGGCAGCUACAGUUCCGUACUUGAGCAACGUCUGGACGAGGAACUUGAUUCGGCGCGUGAAAUCCGUGACCGUUUAGGGGGAGUCUCCGAGCAAUGGAGGACGGCUGGUUUAUUGAUGAGAGCUUCACUAAAAGGGCUACUGCAAGCCGUCGAAUACUGGAAUCUUGUUGAACAGUCAUCUACAGCAGCGGAGAGGAUUUCUUUGGUGCUGGAUUGCCGAACGGCAUGUCACGGUGCUUUGAUCGCCUUGGAGGCAGCUCAGGCAGCGUUGCCUCAGGUUGAAAUUCCUUUCGUUACUCUUCGACAACAGUCUGCUGUGAAGCAUGGAUUGAUCUACAUGUUGACCGAUAUGGUGAAUCCAGCACGUUUUCGCCAUACCAAGCACGUUCUGGAGGGAUUUCAAGCUAACGUGGAGAAGUCUGUUGAGUGGAUCUACAGCACUUACAACAAUACAUUGAAAAAGGACUUGAACGAUGCCGAUCAGGAAGUGAUUUCAAUUGCCAAGCAAUUGAGAGAAAUUCGUCAGCAGUACAUCAACCAACGAAUGGGUUCCAAAACUUACGUAAGGCCUGCUCUGGGAAAGCCAGAUAAACGGUAG